CUUAGCGCGGAUGGAGGAGGGGGAUGAUGAACGCGCCGCGUAUUGAUCGUGAUGAUGAUGAUGUAAUAAGCGCACGCUCCGCUGAUUCCGCUGAUCUAGUGCACGCUAGAUUCUUCACGCUCGCGACCCGGCUAGAGUGAUGUCACCAUCAAUAGAAUGAACCGUGUUUAGGAAUUUUCACACCGCCUCCGUGCUGCUCAGCGCGGCCUCCAUGAGGACAAACCCCGGGACUGCGGCGCUGAUGGCUGUUGGGGUCGGAACUGCACCAAGCUCCCUUCGACAUCACAUCUGCGACCCCAGCGCUCAGACAAGCGGCAAAACCCGUGCGAGCGCGCGCUUCUUUACAGCAACAUUCUAUAUGGAAUAUUGGUCAUCUUAACGGGAAUUCGAACUCCUGAUUUGGCUGACUGCCAUCUCUCAUCUGCGCCCUUUCAGGACUUUUUUAGUGUCUACCAUUGAAACCCGGUGAAAUAGGUCUUAUUCGGUGCCUGACCUCUCUUCCCCUCGCGCUUACCGGAGACUGUCCCCUCUCUUCCCCUCGCGCUUACCGGAGACUGUCCGCGCGCUGCGCACUCAGAGGCCACAAGUGCCUGUUUUCUCUGGCUAGACUCACCAUUGAUGGAAACUGAUGCCCUGUUGCCUUUCCUCUCCCGUGCCUACCUCUGCAGCCGCUGUUUCUCGGUUAGUAACUCGACUAGGCCCACGACGAACCCAGCUAAACAUCUCACAGAAUGACUGUCUGAUGGAUAAAAUGUAAGAGUGGGUCAUUUAUGUAGUGUUUUGGUCUUUUGGAUGUUGGAGUGGCGACUUUGCUGUGUUUUAACCUUCUUUGGAUCCGAAACCCGGGUGCGCGAGGGGCUCGAGAGCAAUAAACGCCCGUUAUUUUAAGGGACCGCGCGCUUCUCUCUCAGGAUGGCAAAUGAGCCCGUUAUUCUUAAUGUGUAUGACAUGUACUGGAUAAAUGAGUACACCUCCACUCUGGGUAUUGGAGUCUUCCACUCAGGAAUAGAGAUCUACGGCAGAGAGUUUGCAUAUGGCGGCCAUCCAUAUCCCUUCAGCGGCAUUUUUGAGAUCAGCCCUGGAAAUGCCUCAGAACUGGGGGAGACUUUCAAAUUCAAAGAGGCUAUAGCUCUGGGUACAACAGACUUUGCAGAGGAGGACAUUGAUAAAAUAAUGGAGGAGCUGGGAAAGGAGUUCAAGGGAAACGCCUACCACCUGAUGCACAAAAACUGCAACCAUUUUUCAUCCUCACUGUCUGAGUUGCUGUGUGGGAAAGAGAUCCCACGCUGGGUGAAUCGACUGGCAUAUUUCAGCUCCUGUAUACCAUUUCUGCAGAGUUGUCUGCCUAAAGAGUGGCUCACGCCUGCCGCGCUCCAGAGCCAUAUCUGCAUGGGCCUUCGGAAGGAGAACACACACUCCCACACACACGAUUCCAGCGACGAUGAGUCCUCAUCUGCCCCAGAGGCAGCCGCUGGAACCUCUCACAGCUGCAGACACACCCGGGUGUGAUCUCACACACACAGUUUUACGUUAAUUUGAACACACACACACACACUCCAACCUCUGAUCCUGCUGCUACAGCGCCUCCUGCUGGGCUGGGAGACCUCAUGGCGUCUCUGAAAGGGGAAAUCAAAGUCAUGUUUUUUUUCUGUAGAGCCUACAGGGAUUUAAAAACCUUGCAAUGGUACUCUUAAAGUUUUAGAAUUGUUUGAUUUUUACUAAGAUUUUAGGGAAAUCAAAACAGUGUUUGCCAUUUAGUGUUCUCUCUCUUAUAAGACAAUAAUUAUGAAUGACGGGUGAACAUGAUGGACUACAGGCUCUUCAAAAAUACUGAUGUUUCCGUAGUCAAUUCAUUUCUGUUUGUCCCUUUGACUUUUAAUCUCACCUGGGUGUUCUCUAAAUUUAGCCGAGUUUGCUGUGUAUUUAAUUAUUUUCUAUUUUGUGAUAGAAUAAAACCGUGUCAUCUGCAGAGGAAUUUACAUUCCCAACCUUACUUUUUUUCCUCAGUGACUUUAGUAAUAUAAAUCUGCUUUAAUUUAAUGAUAUGAUGUCAAACUAAUGCCAUCUUUGGUUUGUUUAUUUUAUUUCGAUAUCUUUGGCUGUUUGUUUUAUAUUUAAGUUGAAGUUUUUCAGUGAAUUUAUAAUAAACGGGCCGAUAACAGCACGUGUCUCACACACUGACAGCAGUUGGAAAUUGCAGCCUUAUAACUGUAAGCCAUUGAUAUGCUGGACUCAACUGAAACAAAAGACCCCUGUUUUCUGUCGUUGAGGACACAAAGGGGGCAUUUGUGAGAGAUGUUUGGGGGUGGGGUGUGGGUAGGGUCUGCACAUCAGGUCUGGUAUCAGUAGGCCUAAUGUACAACAGUGUUGUGGCUGACUGUGAGUGAUUAAGAGAGGUAGGGCAAAGGUGUUAAUUGUCAUUUCUCUUGACUUAAGUUAUUGUGCUUUCUGGACUGAAAAGAGUGAUGUUGAUGUUAAAAUGAGUCAUCCACACUUCAAUACAUGACUUUUGCACGGACUGUUGUCCUGACUUUCCGGCACCAGUUGCUAAUUUGCCAAGUUCAGGCUGCAGAUUUCUCUAAAAUCAUAUUGUGUGUGAUGGCCACAGACUCCAGUGUUUUAGCUUCAGACUGAUUCCAUCCAGUCAGAAGAUAUCAAACACGUUUCUGCGUGACUUUUUUGUGUUUUGAAAGACUUGAGUCAUGGUAGUGUGUGAUCUUUAGUCAUUUAGAAUGGCCAGUUUUCCUUUGUAACCUUUUACAACAUCAACAAGUGUAUGAUGCCUAGCGUUUUAAAAUCUCUUCAGAUUUUAAAAGUAUUGAAGUGUAAUCCAGCAUCAACAGUAAAUGAAGGUAACAACUAAAGGUUGUAUGGUAUUUUCAUUUUAGUAGAUGCCUUAUCUAAUUUUCACAAAUGAAAAUCUAGAGCUCUAAAGAAAGAGAUGCUGAUUGGUCCUAUAGCAAUUUUCUUAUUACGUCUUACCACAAAUUUUGUUAGAAAAGCUGAUUUUCAGUGUUUCAUCAGCUGAAAGAUUGACAGUUACACUUAAGAACGUUAAAAUGUGUUUAUUUAUGAAAUAUUAAAAAAGGUGUAUACAUUGAUUAUGGUCCAUAUCAGAGUAAAUGAUACAUCUGUCAGUAUUAUUUUGAUCUUUCUGUGGCAUUUUGCCUCUCAUUGCAAAUCUUCUCUAGAAGCCCACCUUUUCGCUCAGGAUGGCAUGGCAUUGUAGGUGGAAACACCACCCAUGAGUCAAAUGGGACAUAUGUUUUUGGUAAAGUAUUUAUAAAAUUGAAUUUUAUAUUUGAAAUAUGAUUCUGUUUACUGUUAUUUUGUCAAAGAUAUUAUCAACCUGUAGAGCCUAAUUCUUAUGAUGCUUUUUUGUUUAAUUUAGUCCGAGGCCACAACAACUGAGAUCUUUUAAUACAGCAAAGACCCAUUUUGUUGGCAUUGCCCAUUGAUGCCAUUUCUAGCCUCAAUUAGUACUUCUUGUUUUGAUGUGAUGGAAAAUUUCAGAUAUUUACAGAUGAAUAUAGAGAAUAAAGAAACUAAAAGGCCUUUCCCUGAAUGUUAUUGCUGUCACGGGGUGGAGAGAAGGGGCAUUGUCAUUUCUGAAUAUUUUUAAGCAUUAAUUAAAUUAAUUCACACAUGAGA